UGUCAUUCGGUGAAAAUGGUCGCUUCUUUCACGCGUUGGUUUAGUUCUUGUUGAAAGAAUUCUUGCAAAAAUCGUUCACUUUUCACGAAAAUAUACAGUUUGGUAGUGAUAAAUUGAAACUUGAAGUCGCCGCGAGUGUUUUGGUGUGCAAAUAUUAAUAUAUCUUCAUGGAAUGGAGCUGAAAAGCGAGUACAAUAUUCGCGCGUAGAAUGUUGCGUUAAGAGUCGAAAAAUGGAAAACUUGUAGGAAUGCAGCAAAACUCAGUGGAUUGAAAAUGCAUUUUGGUUUGAACGCAUUAUAGUCUCAUAUUGGGCUUGUUAAAUUUAAAACUAUUAUACAUUAAGUGCUGAAGUGCUAGUUAAAAAACAAAGAUGGAGUUUUCGCAACCUCCGCCGGAUCCGAUGGGAGGGGGAAGUUAUGCCAAUCCGCCCCCCAUUAAUCGCAUACUGAGCUACCAGAAUCCUCAGUCGCAAAAGCCCCAGCACAACUUUUACCAUCAUCGGCCGUAUCAUCACUUCAAUGGUUUCCGCGGCGGACUUCCCAUGACGCAGGAUGAUUUCGACGGGAAACGGCUUCGUAAGUCGGUGAUGCGUAAAACUGUCGAUUACAAUGCAUCGAUCAUCAAAGCGCUGGAGACUCGCACUUGGGCACGUGAUUACCGCGAUCGACGGGCUCUCCAGCCCGAAAAUAUCUACAUUCCGGAGUUGCUACCGCCACCAAGUUACAUGGAUAAUCCAACCAACGCGGUCACGACGCGCUUCGUCAAAACGGCCACCAACAAAAUGCGUUGUCCUAUUUUCACGCUUGCAUGGACUCCGGAAGGGCGACGUCUUGUGACCGGUGCCAGUUCUGGAGAGUUUACGCUGUGGAAUGGACUGACGUUCAAUUUCGAAACGAUUCUACAGGCCCAUGACGUAUCCGUGAGAACAAUGGUGUGGUCUCACAACGACAACUGGAUGGUGACAGGCGACCACAGCGGCUACGUCAAGUACUGGCAAUCCAACAUGAACAAUGUGAAAAUGUUCCAGGCUCACAAGGAACCCAUCCGUGGAAUCAGCUUCAGUCCGUCGGAUUCCAAGUUUGCCAGCUGCAGCGAUGACGGCACGGUUCGUGUCUGGGAUUUCCUUCGUUGUCAAGAGGAACGUGUUCUGAGAGGUCAUGGCGCGGAUGUAAAAUGUGUCCACUGGCAUCCGCAGAAAGCGUUGAUCGUUUCCGGAAGCAAGGAUAAUCAACAGCCAAUCAAAAUUUGGGAUCCAAAGAGUAAUGUAGCGUUAGCUACUCUGCAUGCUCACAAAUCGACCGUCAUGGAUCUUAAGUGGAACGACAACGGAAACUGGCUGGUCACAGCUUCGCGAGACCACUUGCUGAAGUUGUUCGAUUUGCGAAAUCUGAGCGAAGAGGUCCAAGUCUUCCGCGGUCACAAAAAGGAAGCCAGUGCGGUAUCGUGGCAUCCUGUUCACGAGGGUCUGUUCGCCUCGGGUGGGUCCGAUGGAUCGAUUCUGUUCUGGAACGUUGGAACUGAUAAAGAAGUCGGUGGAAUCGAUAACGCCCACGAGAGUAUAGUGUGGACGUUAGCGUGGCACCCUCUGGGUCACAUCUUGUGUUCCGGAUCGAACGACCACACAAUCAAAUUUUGGACCAGAAAUCGGCCCGGUGAUCAAAUGCGAGACAAGUACAAUCUCAACACAUUGCCGGCCAGUUUGGCUGGUUUGGACGAAUGCGAACUGGAUGAUCACGUCGUCAUUCCGGGUAUGGGCCCAGAGGACAAAAUCGACAUCGCGGACAGUUUAGGAACGAACAACAAUGGCGUCAUUCCGGGUUUGGACUUUGCCAACGUAACGAAUUUCAACGAGAAGAUGAGGGAGAAGAAAAUUCCCUACAGCAAACCGAUUCCGCGUAACUUCCAAGCUCAGUGGAAUGAGGCCAGUAAGUACGAAGAGCACCGCGAAGCGUCCGAAGAAAUCAAAGAAGUCAUAUCGCAGAUUGUCGAAAGCAAUCCAGGAGCGCUGCCGCUUAAAAAGAUGGCACCUACAGCGAUUAUCCUGUAUGAUCGAGUCAUCCCUAUUCUACCUGGUUCCGAUUUGGAAGCUGCCAUUCUGGAAGGUCCUGCAUCGCUGAACAGGUUCAUCAUAAUGGGCAGGAUUCCAGAUCUUCACGACAUCAUACCGCCAAUCAACGAGGAGGAUUUCAACAACUUGGACGAUACCAGGAUAAAACUGGAAAUCGAUCCCACCUUCAUCUACAACAAAGCGACUGUAAUCGAACCAUCGGAACCACCAGAAGCGACCGAACCGUUGCUCUCGUCCACAUCGUUGAUGAAAAGAAGAACUCCUCCACCACCCGCACCAGAUCCGACUGCAGGUAUACCAUCCUUAUUACAGCUGGACAUAUUCCCUCCACCAGACAUCAAGUUCAGCACGGAUGAAGUUGAAGACGAAAUGGCCCUAAGAAACAGUAAAAAGGGCAGAGAACGGGAAAAGCAGAAGGAAAAAGAACGUCGGGAGCAGGAAGAGGAGAAAAAGUUCUGGGCUGAACAUAACGAGAAGAACUGGGACGAAGAGGAUAUGGGUAAUAGUGGCUAUCCAUCGCCUAGGAGGUCCCCUAUAGACAGUCAUACUACCAAUAGUAAUGGACAAUGGACCACCGCUAAAUAUAGCUCAAUUAAUGAUGAAGGUUCCGGACUAGGAGGCAACUCGUGGGAGAUGGAAGUUGAUCGCCCUAGUAGUUUAGGAGGGGACAAUAGCAAGGACAACAACAGCAGAGAUGGAUUUGGGUUUGGCAACCAAUCAAAAAAUCUCAACUUCAACCAAGGUCCUUCGAACAACUUUGGUGGUCCAAACAACUUUGCUUCCGCAAAUUUCAAUUCGGGCCCAAAUACCUUUGGCCCUGGACCAAACAACUUCAACAGCAGGCCAAACAAUUUCGGCUCGGGUCCGAACGCUUUCGGACAAGGUCCACCAAAUGCUUUUGGACCCGGACCCAACAACUUUAACCCGAACAACUUCAAUCCGAAUGGCCCUCCGGGAAUGGCACCUAACUUCAAUUCGGGGCCACCACCGAACUUCAACUCUGGACCGCCGGGCAAUUUCAACUUCAACGGACCGCCGCCGCCGCCAGGUGGUUUUAAUAAUAACUUCGGUGCAGGCCCUCCGCCGAACAAUUUCAACAACUUCGGCAACAAUGGUGGCAAUUUCGGUCCAGAUCACGGAGGAAACAAUGACGACGGUGGAUGGAAUAACAACCGGGGUGGUAAUCGCAACAGGAACAACAUGAGAGGUGGCCGAGGUAACCAACGGGGUGGAUUCCGAGGUGGCAAUCGGAGGAACUAAGUCGUGUACUGAAUAAGUAUUAGGGAUGUAAUGAUUUUGUUUCUCUACCUUUGGUUUGUACAGCUUGAUUCGGGUUUUAGCAACCAUUACCUACUACUGCUAUUCAGAUAAAAUAGUUCAAUAUGAGUGUAAGUGCGAAACGUGGUCGAAUGCGUGAAGAAGCUGUGUAUAAAAUAUGCUGAGUCAGUCUGCGAAAUAUUGUGUAGCUUUAUUGGUUGAAUGAGAAAAUCAAUGAAAGUCCGUUGGAAUGCAA